CGGGCGCGCAACGCGAGCUACUUCAUCGCCGCGUCCUUCUGGAACAAUGACGAGGUGCUAGACUCGUGGACAGCGCAGACGCUCGAGCUCAUCGAUGUGCUGGGGCGCCCCAACGUCUACGUCUCCCUGACGGAGAACGACAGCGAGGACAACACGGCCAGCAAGCUGCUGCAUUUUGGUCGCGAACUCACCAGGCGCGGCGUGGCGCACAGCGUCAACAUCACGACGGAUUUGCGCGGCGAUCCGCCCGAGAACCCUUGGCACAGCAUCCGACACAGGAUGGGCUACAUGGCUAACCUGCGCAACGGCGCCCUGGAGCCGCUCGGCCAGCUCAACCGGCGAUUCGAAAACGUGGUGCUGCUCAACGAUGUCGUCUAUCACCACACCGACGUGCUCAAGCUGGUG